AUGAGCAUCCCAGGCCACACCAGCAUCCUCCAACCCUGGCUGUCAGAUCUCAAAGCUGGCUUUCAUCGCAACAUAACUUCUUCUCCAAACUACUUCCUCCACUCCCCUUCCUCUCUAAUCACAACCUCCAACCUCCACUCUCUGCAUCUGGGUACUGGAGAAUCGAUUCAUACGUCUUUACUUCCACUCUUGGAAUCUGCGAACGAGGAGCUCAUUCUGGUGACGUGCUUUUGGGCCUCUUCUGCAACGCAGAAAUUGAUCAAUGAGGUUUUGGUCAAGUUGUCAGAGAAGGGGAGAAGUAGGGGUAGGAAGCUGAGGGUGAGGAUUUGUUUCUCGUCGUCGGGGGUAUUGCAGAAAGUGUUGCAUCCGCAGACCCUGAAUGGCAAAAUCUAUCCACCGGAAUCAUGGCAAUCGACAUUGAGCCUUCCAUCUCGGGAGCAGUUGCAAGGCUUGGAUAUGCAAGUCAAGAGUAUCUUUCUCUUGCCAUUCUCAGUCAUGCAUCCAAAGUUUAUCAUUGUGGAUAGGAAGGUAGCAGUAUUGCCUUCCUGCAAUGUGAGCUGGGAAGACUGGUUCGAAGGUGCUGUAACUCUCACUGGGCCAGUGGUUUCUUGUUUCGUCGAGUUCUGGAGGGAGUUCUGGGCUCAGCAGGAAGACAGAGAUGAACUCGUCAACAGCUCUGGAGAUUCUAGCCAUGAAGACUUGAUUGCGAGGAUAUCUCAACCACAACCGCAACAAGGACAACUACCACUACACCACUCACUAGACUCGAAGGAUAUACCCACAAUCUUCCUCCCCUCGCCUCACCACAGAAACCCAGAUUUUCGGCUUCCGUGGCAAGAAUCUUCUGCGCCGCCACCAACACCACUCAACACAUUUUUCUUGCGCAGUCUUGCUUCUGCUGAACGAGAGAUCUAUAUCCAGACGCCUAAUACCACUGCUGCGCCGGUGCUUAGUGCCAUCCUCAGCACUCUACAACGCGGUAUUGAUAUCCACAUCGUCACCAGCGAAAAACUGAUGAUAUUGGAGCAAUUGGUUACUGCAGGCACCACAACCUCUGCUUGCAUAUCAAAACUGAUAUCAAGGUACCAAACCCUUCGCUCUACCCCCUCUGACCUCGAAGCUGGAAGGCCGAAGUUGGGAACAUUGAAGAUUGAGUAUUUUUUCCCUGGCAGAGGAGAUAAAGAGCCGAAGCAAAGUCAUCUGAAGUGCACGAUUGUGGAUGGAGAAUUGGUGAUGUUGGGGUCGGGAAAUCUGGAUAGAGCCAGUUGGUAUACGAGUCAGGAACUGGGUGUUGCAUUCUUUGAUAAGGUGUUUGCGACAAGAUUGCGAGGAGACUUGGCGAGGGUGCUGGAGGGUAGACUUAGAUCUGUUUUACACAGCGGUACAUAA